CGUAUAUAAAGGAAUUUGCCUAGUUCAAAACGGCUCCUCUUCUUUUCUUUUACACUUUCGCUCGAAGAGAACCUUGCGACUUUCCAAAGUGUUUUUUUCGAAUUUUGGGGAGAAAUCUCCAGUCCCCACUUUUCUGCUACGUUUUUUUCACUCAAAAUCAUCAGGCAGUGUCAUUUGUACCCACCCUAAAGAGUAAACGACGAAUACAUGACCCCACCUGCGAGAAUCCUGAAUGUAAUUCAAGAAAACUUCUAGUUCCCACUUUUGGUAAUUGGCAAAACUGUUCUUUAGGUUCCUUCUUAAGAUUGUGCCAUAUGAAUUUUUCCUCAAAGAUUGAAGUGUAUUUUUUUAUUUAAAUAGUCACAUGACUCAAUAUUAAGUGAGAAGUUUAAGGAAUAAUACCUAAGAUAUUGUACCUAGGUAUUGUCAUAUACAACAAGUAUUUGACAAAAUGCUAGACCAUUGUGUGUUGAGCUUAGAGACUAGCAACCCUGCAUCAUCACUUCUAGCUCAUGUUAUAUGACAUUGACUGAUCACAGGUAAAUUAUGGUACCUGGCCAUAGGCGUACUGAAUCUGCAUCCAAUGAAUUUGAUGAGUGUCGUUUCCAUGACCUCGAUGCCCAGACCUCAUACCAUGUUUUCUUUUCCAAACGUCGCCUUUAUUUGGAACGUGAUGUCACCUUGUCUGAACUUCAAUUCACUUGUAUUCCUCGUGUUUUUGAGUCUCGUGGAUGGAUUUCAUUGACCUCUGGUUUUCCUGCACCACCCACGAAUCUUGUACAUGAGUUUUACUCAAACAUCCAUGGCAUAAAAGAGGAUGGUUCUUUUUCUGUCAGGGUUCGGAAUAUCAGCUUUGAGGUCACUCCUGAUUUAGUCUCCACAGUUUUAGGAAUUCCUCGAGUCCUGGAGUCUCCAUAUCCAUACACUGCUGAGACUGCACCAUCCCAAACAGAUAUGUUGACUCUAUUCUGUGGAGAACAUACCAUUUGGCCUAAUGGGAUUUCCAAGGUUAAAUCUGCAUCAUUUAUCCCUGAAUAUCAGUGGCUGAACCGUAUCAUGUGCACCAACGUCUUUCCUAUUGCUCACUUGCAUACACUCGACGUACCUAGGGCUCAAUUGUUGUAUGCCCUCAUCACUGAUGUACCCAUUGACAUUUGUAGACAUAUUUGUCAAGCGAUCAUUGAUGCCUUCGAGUCUAACUCGUCGCGUACUGUACUCCCCUUACCUUGCAUCAUUACUCAGCUCAUUGAAGCCCAAAAGGUUUCUCUUUGUGCUCAAGAUGUACGGGAAAAACCCUUAUCUGCCUUUGGGAGUCGUACACUUCACCUCAGCUCAUCUCAUAUGAAACGUGCAAGGGACAGUGAUUUUGAUUCCGAUGAUGACUUGGAUCGAGAAAUUGAUGAGAUUGCUAAUGCUGUUCCUGCUGAGUCCGGACCAUCUACUUCUGGUGCUCAGGCUGCUCAUGCAAAGCCCUUAUCUAAAUGUGCAAGGCAAUCUUUUUCUGAUUCCGAUGAUGACUUAAAUCGAGAGAUUGAUGUGAUUGCUGAUGUUGUUGCUGCUGAGUCCAAACUGUCUGCACCUGGUGCUCAGGCUGCUCUGGCAAAGCCCUUAUCUGCGACUGGGAGUAAUACAGUUCAGCUCAGUUCAUCUCAUGUAAAACUUUCAUACCACACUGUCUAUGAUUCCAAUGAUGACUUAGAUCGAGAUAUUGAUGAGAUUGCUUAUGCUGUGGCUGCUGAGUCUAGACCAUCUACUUCCAGUGCCACACAACCUACGUUAUCUAAUAUGAUGAAUCUCUUGCAUCAGAUUCUACCUCGCUUGAAUCAUAUUGAACAAGAUAUUAGAGAGAUUAAGGAGUGUCUGGCUAGAGCUCACUGAGACAUCCCUUUCUCAUUUUGUAACAAAAAGGGUAGUAGGUUUGGCUUUUAGGUUUCUGUGGAGUUAGGAGGUUGAUAAUUUAGUGAUGUACUAGUGUUCUUUGUGAACUUGCUGGUUUUUGUACCUUGUGAACUUUGAUGUUUAGUUAUAACAGUCUGUUUUUGUACUUAAAACAGACUGUACCUUAUACUUCUUGCUUCCUGUAGGUACUUAUUAUUGUAAA